CGAUAUUUCUAUUAUUGCUAAUGACGAGCAAUCCGGUGAACUGUGGAAGAAUACUGGUGAUAGUAUUGGGUCCAUCGUACAGCCAUCAGAUUCUAUUUCGAAGUUUGACGCGGAAGUUGGCCGAACGAGGCCACGAAGUGGUUUUCGUGACGAACCUGAUAUCGAAGAAUUCCUCGUUGACAAACUAUACGGAAAUCGACUUCACCAGCAUGAGAAAACUGUUGGAGAUGGACAGAGUAACGACAUUCAUACCGAAGUACAAUAGAUUCACGAAAUACGAAGUGGACGAUUUUGCGUUCAGCAUGGGACAUCUCCUCACCGAGUACUUUUACACUCAUCCGGAAAUAAAGAAGAUCUACGCGCCUGGUAGUAACGAGAAAUUCGAUUUGGUCAUUGUCGAAGGCCUGAUAAGCUGUGGCGCGUUUGCUAUAGCUCAUAUGCUCAACGUUCCUUACAUAGCUAUGAUAUCGACGGACUUACACAUGUAUCACAACUACCUUCUGGGCGCUCCGAUUCUACCUACACACUUAUCCAACUGGGAGCUUUUCCAUUAUAUCAGUCCAGACAUGUCGUUUUGGGAGAGAUUACAGGCGUUCGCUGUUGCUUCGGUGGCUGUGCAUCAUUGGUACGAUUUUCAAACGGGGGAACACGAGAAAAGUAUCAGAAACAUCGUUGGAGUUGAUCUACCACCGUUUUACGAUAUUGCGAAAAAUAUGAGCUUGCUUCUGGUUAAUCAGAAUCCACUGCUCGGAUACGCGAGACCGUUGGCUCCUAAUGUUAUCGAGUACACUAGUUUCCACAUUGCCGAGGAUCCUCCUCCUCUCACACCGGAGCUGAGCGAAUUUUUAGGAAAUGCGACCGAUGGUUUCAUUUAUAUGAGUCUCGGCUGCACUAUGAGACCCUCGCAAGUGCUGGCCCGAGUAGUGAAAGAAAUUUACAACGCCUUUUCUAGAUUACCGUAUAAAGUUCUGUGGAAAUAUGACGGGGACGAUAUACCAAAGAGAAAUGGUAAUGUUCUUACCAGCGAAUGGAUUCCUCAGGAAAGUGUCCUUGCCCAUCCGAAUAUUAAGCUGUUCAUUUUCCAAGGGGGGAUGCAAAGCGCAGAAGAAGCUGUUUAUUACGGCGUACCAUUACUAGGUGUACCAAUAAUAUUCGAUCAAACAUACAGAAUCAGGAAAUUGGUUUCGUUGGGUGUAUGCAAAAUGGUCGACGUCUCGACAGUUGACGAGGAAACGUUCUACAAUGCUAUCUUCGAAAUAAUCAAUAACAAAAGUUACAAAGAAUCGAUGACAGAAUUAAGCAGACUGAUGAAGGACAAGCCAUACGAAAGCAAAGAACAGAUAAUAUGGUGGGUGGAAUACGUGAUGCGCCACAAAGGAGCGCCGCAUCUUCGAUUCAGCGGAGCAGACGAUCCUUGGUACCAGCGAUACGAUAUGGACAUUAUCGCGUUCCUUUCGAUAAUUUCAUUCGUCGUUACAAUCAUUUCUGCAAUACUUCUCCUACGAACUUUACGAUGGCUUUAUAAACAUUUACAAAUGUUCUUAUGGUUCUCGAAGUGCUUUUGCCUGACGGAAGGAAAGAAGAAGGUCGAGUAA